GCCUGACGCACCCUAUUUCCAACAAGAGGCAAAUGACUCUUCCCAACAAAUUAGGAAUUGAAGAAACUUCCUAUGACACUUCCAUUCAGUGGAAGACCAAAUUUUAAUGAAUUUGGUCACCUUUUCCCACGAACUCUUCAAUUGCACCUACUAAGCAUUUUCCUCCUCCUUGAAACUUUAAACCCAAUUCAACACAUAUAUAUUUCCCUAAUACCUUUCACAAUUCUCAUCAAAACCAAAACAAAUAACUCUGUUUUCCUUUGUUUUUUCUGCAUGCAGGAGUAUCACCCGCCUUUUACUACAACAACAACAAGGAGACAUUUCUCUUCUUCUCCAUCUCAAUCAAGAAUUUUGAUUUUUAUUUUAAAUUCCAAUUCUUAACAUGGCAGCUUCUAGUUAUUUGAAUCGCUUUCCAUUUAAGAAAUUCCCUGUAACUAAUAUUCCAGUGCCCCUGCUAAUUCAUGGCGCGCUGGGGUUCUUUUUUCUGUAUAUAAUCUUUGAUUGCGCAAGAAGACUUUUUAUUUUUUUAUCCUUUGCUAAAUCCCAAGUGUCUGAAAAGGAGGAGAAUCCCCAAAAGCUGACGUCUAUUAGCGAGAAAUUAGUUGAUGGAAGCUUAAGCAAGGAAGAGGUGGAAAUGGUUAUGGCUAAUUUAGGUAUUUUUGCCCAUCCUGAAGAUGUGAUGAUUCAGGAGAGGUUGGAUUCUAAUGACAUUUUUGAACUUUUCGGAGAGGAUUUAGAAGCUAAAGAGGAAGAUGUAAGAGAAGCUUUUGAUGUAUUUGAUGAGAACAAAGAUGGAUUUAUUGAUGAAAGGGAUUUGCAAAGAGUUCUGUGUACUCUGGGAUUAAAUCAAGCUGCGGAAUUGGAUAAUUGCAAGAAGAUGAUCAUGACCUUCGAUGAAAAUGGAGAUGGAAGAAUCGAUUUUCAGGAAUUUGUCAAAAUGUUUUAAAGAUUUUUUGUUAACAAUCAUUGUUAACAAAAAAGGAAAAAAUUGGACGAGCACAAGCAUCUUGUUAACAUUCCUUAAUUUGUUCGAUUUAAUCUUGCUUUUGAUGAUCAUCAAUUUUGCUCAAUAUGUCUGAUACUGUAUAUAAUUUUUUGGUUUAUAAUCGUGUA